AUGUCGUUCUCCUACGCCGAUGCAGCACGAAAACCUCCGCUGCCCUCGCUUGACUCUUCGUAUGAAAACCUCGAAGCUAAUAUUAUAAUCGAAGCAAAGAACGCUGUUAACUCUCAAACCUCCUCCAGCGCGACAAACCAAUUCUCAGAAAGCUCAGAAGUCGAAGACAAGACUGGAGAGAACUAUUCUGCCACUUUGAAAAGACGAGAUGUCUCUCCGGAAACUUUAAAGUCUCUACGAGAGGGCGACAAUGAGGACAGUGGGGAACACGAGGAGAGGCGGAAGAAUACAACAAGGACAAGAGAUAUUAAAAAAGAUAAACCAAAGAAAGAGUUGACUGGGAAAAUGAUUGCUUUAAAUGUUGCAAUUGACGUUGUUCUGGCUGGUCUGUUUGUUGGAUGGAUAUAUAAAGGACAGAGACCGCUCAACAAAAGUUUUAUCACGUUUGGCAGCAUUGGACUGUCUGCUUUUUAUGGUUGGCAAUGGUAA